AUACAUAUAAAAUGGAUGUAACUUGUUGAUGAACUUUUGUUUUAACAAAAUUGAAUUUAUUUUUGGCUUAUUUCAACAUAAUUUAUCAACAUUUUCUUGUACUGCUGUUUAGAGUUUUUUUUAGAUUAUGUGAUGACGAUUUACUAAACAAAUAGUAUUGUUAAUUACAAAAUUGAUAAUAAAUGAAAGAAGCGUUGCGGAACAUUGACAUAUACAAAAAAAAAACAGGAAGUAAAUACGACAGGAAAAAGUGACAUUUGUUAAUUAGCUUGUUAAAUAUAAGUUUGAUUUUUGAACUUCUCUUUUUGGUUUAUUUAACAGUGAUCCAAAACACAAGUAGGAAUAAUAAAUUGUGAAAGGGAGAUUGAUAAAAUGAGCAAAGAGACUAAUUCCUCAGAGAAAAAUCCAAGGCCUCGAUCGAGUCGAGUGUAUUUUUUCUCUGAAUUGCCGCAGAUAGCAACAUGUCAUGAGUGUACAGUGCUUGUUCCUGUACCAAAGAAAUCAAAAGUUCAUCUUUUUAGGAGGAAGAAGUCAGAACUAUCAUUGCAUUCCUUUGGUUCCUGUACUAUUUUGUUAUUGGAAUCCGACGCACAGGAGGACGUAGUUAAUUUCUCAGGAGAUGAAAACCAGACUCCAUUGAUGACCAUAUAUCUGAAUCGACUCAUUGACAAAUCAUUGGAACACAUUGUAGAAAAGUCUAAAGUUUGGCAAGAGUUCCAUUUGAAUGACCAGGGUAGAAAAAGAUCAUUUGUAUUACAGUUCCCGAAAGGACCGGAGUUUGAUAAGUUUUAUCCGAAACUUCAGAAUGUGAUCAAUACUCUGAAUGUUUGUAGAGAAAGCAAAGCAAAAAUGAAUAAAAAAUAUAUUUUAGUAGGAUUUAAACACAAAGAACCGGAUGAAUUUAUUCAGACAAUAAAAGGAAAAAGCUCAUCAGAAAGUGGAAUCAGUGAUAAUUCAUGUUCUUCAGAUACUCUCGUGCACAGGCCAUAUAACCCUCCUCCUCAUGUAACAAGAGUUACUGGUUUAGAUCAAGCACUGGAAAAAAGUAAGAGUACGCAAUCAGUAAAGUCAGAUGUAAAGAUUCGAGAAGGCAAAUACUACAAAGAAAGACAUGGUCCAAAAUCAGCACCUCAAUCAUGUGAGUUACUUCAAACAGUCGAUGAUCCAGCUUGGACAGUAGAUUUCAGAUCAAAUAUAAAGACCCCUGAGGAAAAAUACAACAAAGAAAGAAAUGGUUCAUUAUCUUCACCUCAGUCAUGUGAGCUUUUUCUUCAAACAGCUGAUGAUCCGGCUUGGAUAGUAGAUAUCGAAUUAGAAAUUGGUGACAGAGAAACAAUGAUAGGGGACAAACAAACUCUCAAAGUUCUGUCUGAUCAGCAUGAAAACCUGGAGAAAACUUUAAGAAUUACAGAAAUAGAUACAAAUACUGAAAAUAGUGAAAAUGUUGACAAACAAAUUGUCAAAGUUCUGUCUGAUCAGCAUGAAAACCUGGAGAAAACUUUAAGAAUUACAGACAUAGACACAAAUACUGAAAAUAGUGAAAAUGUUGACAUGAAUAACGAUGCUAAAAAUAUUGUUUUUAGUGAAGGUUUCAAUAUAUCAGAUACUGAUUUUGAGUGCACUGGUAAGACAAAUUCAAACAUUGCAGAUGAUAACAACCUUUUACCUGUUUGUGCAGAAAAUCUUACAAUGAAAGCAAAACAAGAUCAAAACCAGUCGAAACAUUAUACUCAAUUGCUGCAUGCAGCCAUUAAUGAUGGUGAUCAGGAGAAAGCUCGUCAGUAUGCAGACAUUUUGGCAGCCAGUCAUGUUAAAGGAACUGUGUUACUUAAUGAUGAAACAAAUGAGCAGGACAUCAACUUUAAGAAGAAUAUUACCCCAAUUCUUGUGUUUGACUCACAGACCUCUGCAUCAUCAUUUAGACAGGAAGCCACACCCCAGCCUGUGAUCAGUACUCAUAUGUCGCAGGAAGUUAGCGAUGGCAGCAUGACGAGUUACAAGUUUGAUAGGAGUCAUAACAGUACUCUCAACCCUGAAAACCGCUUGCAGUUCCCGCAGCAGUAUUUUCAGGAACAGCGCGCUAGAAGCAUGCCAGAAAUAAGCAUGCAGUCGCAGCAGUAUGAUGGUUAUGGUGUCGCAUAUCACGGAGGCUACUCUGGAUCCGCCAAAAUUCAUACCCUUGUGCAACCUGUGUCUGGUGAUUGACGUGAUAGUACUACACCUCAUAAAGAUGUUUUCAAUUUUCAAAUUGAUUUAUUAAAAUUUUGAAUUUCAACUUGUCGCAUCUCAAUAAGAAAUAUAAUUUUAAACUUCUGGCUGAAAUGAUGUUUUCAUAUUGCAGCAAACUUGCAAAAUGUAUAAGUUAUGUCUCCAAACUGUAUAAUUAUUACAGAAAACCUGUAAGAUUUGAAAUACACUGUAUAAAUACAUGUAUUACUUUUUCAUUUUUGAACUUGACAACUUGUUGAUCAUAAUAAACAUUGUUCAUGGUUAGAAAUACAUUGUGUUCUCAGAAAAUUUAAUUUGCUUGUUAUUGUAUGUAUUUUUAACUUUUAAAUUUUAUUAAAUGUUAUCAAAUUUCAAGUUAACUUUUUGGCAAACGAGUGGCUUCAAAUUAUAAAGUAGUCCCAAAUAGGAGUUUGGGAAUGAAUCCCCCUUUCCAAUAAUAGAGUUAUUCAGGAUAUCCAGGGUUAGAACAAGUAUCUUCUAUGUCUCCCGGGUCGCAGUGCUUUUCUGUUAAAGUAAUAAUUGGUAAACUAAUUCUUCUUCUACCAUUUCCAUGAGAACAACCUGCUGCAGAAGUCACAGCCUUUAAAUAGCUUUCAAGGUGAACCGGUCUAAGUACUGUCCAAAAAGGACACAGACGCACAUGUUAUACUCCAGAUGUAAGCAGCUCAGCCGAAUUCGGAAAUAUACGCAUCUGAAAUCCUAGUACUGUUGUCAUAUUUUGUAUGAUCGAGACACUUCGGAACUCAGUUCUACAGCAGACUGCUGUACUGCAUUGCAAACAGCUUUGUCUAGGCUAGGUCGUAUCGUGUUCGGUUCUUCCGGACUCUGACGUAGGUAUAGUUGUCAAAUUAUCCAUUAAAUACGGGACUGUUCCAGAACGGAUUCUACAAAGAUUGUACACAUCCGCUAGCUCUAGAAGCAAUCUGGACUAAACCGGCAAUGACAAAUUUCUCCAGAUUAUGCCCAUUCCACAGGCUAUCGUCCAGGCAGCUUCCAGACAACACAGGACAUUGUUACGAUAUAGCAUAAUAUGUCAA